CAGCCGGGCAGCGCCUGCCCCUCCUCCCCUGCGGCCGGCAGCCAAUGGGUGAGCGGGCGGCAAGCGCGGCUCCCUCAGGGUGCGGCGGGGAGCGGCCGCCGCCUCACUGGCUUUUAGCUGGUGCCGGAGCGCUGAUAGCCGCCAUUCCACCAGCAGAGCUACAACUGACUGUUUGCAGUUGCUGUAGUGUGAUGUCUAUUAGGAGCUAGCAGCAUUGGAAUGAAUCUGCCUCUCAGCGUGUCCUAACCUAUUCAAGAUCCCUGCUGCAGUAAGCUUGUGGGACAGAAGAUUUCUGUGUGACAACUAGUUCUCAAGUCUGCUUUUAAGGAAGACAGCUGUUCAGUUAUUAGGUUCACCUGAGAAGCCCUGUUGAGUGAAUUUAAUCCACAUGACUAUUGCACAGAAAUGAUUUGGCUUCACUCCUCUCAGAUUUCCAGUAAUGAUUUUGUGUCUGUAGAAUAUGAUUAGUCAUUGUAAGGUUUGACAGCUGCUACUUUUCCAUCAAACGUCUGGAAGGGUGUCAUAUUGAUAGACUUCAGAACCUCUGCAGAAUUCAGAUAGUUGAAGACAUACUUGAUGUUACAAAGACAACUACACUUACAAAAAUUUUUUUGGAAGACUAACCCUUUACACUUGUGUAAGAAGAGAUCCUGCUGCUUGAUCUGUUGUGGUUAGAAGAGGUACCUUAAUUAACAUACUGGAGACUGAGACUGAAGUGCAAGCAUAGCCUGUAAGGAAGAGGCAAGUACUAACUCUCUCUGAAAAUGGCAGAAGCUCAUCAAGCAGUAGCUUUUCAAUUUACGGUAACUCCAGAUGGGAUUGACCUGCGAAUGAGCCAUGAGGCGCUCAAACAAAUUUACCUAUCUGGUGUCCAUUCGUGGAAGAAAAAGUUCAUCAGAUUCAAGAAUGGAAUUAUCACUGGCGUUUAUCCUGCUAGCCCAUCUAGCUGGCUUAUUGUAGUUGUGGGUGUGAUGUCAACAAUGUAUGCCAAAAUUGAUCCUUCUUUAGGAAUAAUAGCUAAAAUCAACCGAACACUUGAUACAACCGGCUAUAUGUCAAACCAAACGCAGAACAUCGUGAGUGGAAUGCUUUUUGGCACAGGGCUUUGGGUUGCCCUUAUUGUCACAAUGCGCUACUCUCUAAAAAUGCUGCUUUCCUAUCAUGGCUGGAUAUUCACUGAACAUGGCAAAAUUUCUGCAGGCACCAAGUUUUGGAUGACACUUGUAAAACUCUUUUCUGGACGUAAACCCAUGUUAUACAGUUUCCAGACAUCUUUACCACGAUUGCCAGUUCCAGCUGUUAAAGACACAGUCAAUAGGUAUCUGGAAUCAGUUCGGCCACUUAUGGAUGAUGACGAAUUCAGAAGAAUGGAGGGUCUUGCCAAAGAUUUUGCAUUUAAUUUGGGACCAAGGCUUCAGUGGUAUUUGAAGCUAAAAUCCUGGUGGGCCACAAACUAUGUUAGUGAUUGGUGGGAAGAAUAUAUCUACCUUAGGGGACGUGGACCGAUUAUGGUUAACAGUAACUAUUUUGCUAUGGACUUCCUUUAUUUAUCUCCAACAACCCUGCAGGCAGCUAGAGCUGGUAAUGUUAUCCAUGCCAUCCUGCGCUAUCGGAAAAAACUGGACAGACAAGAAAUCAAGCCAAUUCUUCUGAUGGGAUCUACUGUUCCACUCUGCUCAGCUCAGUGGGAACGGAUGUUUAAUACCUCCCGCAUCCCAGGAGAGGAAUCAGAUACUAUCCAGCAUGUGGAAGACAGCAAACACAUUGUUGUGUAUCAUAAGGGCCGUUACUUCAAAGUGUGGCUGUACCAUGAUGGUAGGCUGUUGAAACCCCGAGAAAUUGAACAGCAGAUGCAAAGAAUUCUUGAUGAUGAUUCAGAACCUCAGGCUGGGGAAGAGAAACUAGCAGCUCUUACUGCAGGAGACAGAGUACCAUGGGCCAAAGCUCGACAGGCUUAUUUUAGCCGUGGAAAGAACAAACAAUCCUUAGAUGCUGUUGAAAAAGCAGCAUUUUUUGUGACACUGGAUGACAUUGAGCAAGGAUACAGGAAAGAAGAUCCAGUGGGGUCACUGGAUGCAUAUGCAAAAUCCUUAAUACAUGGUAGAUGUUAUGACAGGUGGUUUGAUAAAACAUUCACUCUUAUAGUAUUCAAAAAUGGGAGAAUGGGUCUGAAUGCAGAGCACUCUUGGGCAGAUGCUCCAAUUAUUGGACACCUUUGGGAGAAUGUAAUGGCAACUGAAUAUCUUGAACUGGGGUAUUCAGAAGAUGGGCACUGCAAAGGAGAUCUCAAUCAUAAUAUUCCUAUUCCUACCAAACUACAGUGGGAAAUUCCAGAAGAAUGUCAAGAAGUGAUUGAGAAGUCUCUGAGCACUGCCAUAGCUCUGGCAGAUGAUGUGGACUUCCAUUCAUUUUAUUUUGAUGCUUUUGGGAAGGGACUAAUAAAGAAAGCAAAAACCAGCCCUGAUGCCUUCGUGCAACUUGCCCUGCAGCUUGCUCACUAUCGGGACAUGGGAAAAUUUUCUUUAACAUAUGAAGCCUCUAUGACACGCUUGUUCAGAGAAGGCAGGACUGAAACUGUUCGUUCAUGUACUGUUGAAUCAUGUAAUUUUGUUCGAAGCAUGGAAGACCCAACUGAAAAUAACAACAAUAAGCUCAAGUUCUUUCGGAUUGCUGCUGCCAAACAUCAGCACUUGUAUCGUCUCGCCAUGACUGGUUCUGGCAUUGACCGCCAUCUGUUCUGCCUUUAUGUUGUGUCCAAGUACCUUGCUGUAGAUUCUCCUUUCCUUAAGGAAGUUUUGUCAGAGCCUUGGAGGCUGUCAACAAGUCAGACACCACAGCAGCAUAUUGAUCUAAAGAAGAACCCUGAGAUGUUAUCCUGUGGUGGAGGAUUUGGACCGGUGGCUGAUGAUGGUUAUGGUGUUUCUUAUAUUAUCUUGGAUGAAAAUUCCAUACAUUUCCAUGUCUCCAGCAAAAUAUCUUGUUCUGAGACGGAUUCUCAUCGGUUUGGAAAAAACAUCCAAAAAGCAAUGGUUGACAUCAUGGGUUUAUUUAACCUUAGUAAAAACUGUACCAAGUGAUUUGCCUUACUGGUGCCAAGCAAUCUCCUGUUGUUGGGAUGAGAACUCUUCUGCACACUGAAUGAGAGUAAGGUUUGUCAAACAGUAACUGGUGAAGAAACUGAGUCAACAUCUUCUUGAUCACCUAUGAAAACCUUAGCAGCAUAUCGAAUGUUUUGGUUUGUUUCAUUUUUGUUUUUUUUUUUUUUUUUUUUUCCCUAGUAGUUUAGAAGAGAUUAUUUCCAGAAAGGAUGACUUUUGAAAUCUUAUAUGUUACUAGGGAUGAAGUAUUGUAUCAUUGCAUGAAAUCAUGUAUAUUCUAGCUCCUGCAGUUUUCUCUUAAUUUGUAUACAGUUGCUCUUUUUUUUUUUUUUUAACUUAAAAUUAGUCUACUUGUAUUCCAGAAUCAAAGGGAUAAAACACACCAUCUUAAACUCAAAUAUGAGAAAAAGUUUUAUUUAUUACAGCAGAAUGUUCUUCAGUGUACCUGCUGCUUUAUGUCAAUGAAUGACAAAACUUGUGGCUGUUUACCUUCAUUGGUUUUUGGUUUGGUUUGGUUUUUUUAAAUGUAAUUUCUGUAAAACAUACAAAGAAAAUCCCUGAUAUAACCCACUGUAACAUACCAAGUUGCAGAAUUUUUUUAGUUUUUUGGAAAAAAAAAAACACACAUUAGUUAGUGCUACAUUGGGUAGACAAAUGUGUCACCUAAUAGGUAUAACAUUUUUGUAAUUACUUACAAGUAUGUUUGCCACAUCGUUGGUUUUAUUUCUGUAUAAAUAAAAACCUGUGUGUUUGUUCAUGCGAGUGCCUUAGAAAAAGAAAGAUCCUAAAACCCAGGAAAAAAGCUUUUGCUGGGAGUUGUUUUUACAUUGUCUUAGUGGUGAAGUAGGUAAUGCAGAUGUAGUUUUCAAAGGGUAAAUUAGGUCGAUGUGGCUUAAGUAGACUUAAGUAUGUUGCCGUAUGGUGUAGUUAGGUUUAAAGCUCUAAUGAAAUGCUCCCAUCUUAACUGGCAAAGAUCAGUCCCUAUGAAAUGCAAGAGUAACUUUGUUUCAGAGCUAUAGAUACCUAUGUGUUUAUUUUGGUGAAUGGUAUUGGUGGUCAUUUGAGAUAAGCGUUUCUGGGUUCCAGGGAAUAUCAAUUUAGUUAAAUGCAACCUGUUGGGUAGUCUUAUGAAGCAAGGCUGCCUGUAGUGGCUGCUGAAUGGCAGUUUGCCUGCUUUCAGCCUGGAAGGAGCACUACUACAUUGCCAACCAUCUGCACGGGAAGGGCAAACUAUUAAAGUUGUGAAAAAUACCUCCAGAAUGGAAAAAUCAUGGCCUUCUCAAACCACUCCUGGGAGAUGCUCUUGGUCAAGCACAGUUUCUGAAAGAUACAAGCAGGGAGGGGAAAGCCAUUUCACUCAAAAGGAGCAUAAAAAUGUUUCCAAGUGCAGAAAUAUAACGGCUGCUACAAAAUGAGUAACUUUGUGCUCGAAACUUCUCUUCCCCAGUCUUCCCAGUCUUUGUAGAUGUGGUUACUUUUUACAUCCUGCAGUGCAGCAAAAUGUACCUGUUACUACAACUUUUUUUUUUUUUUUUUUUUUUUUUUUAAUGUAAGGUACAUAGUGUUAGUAAUACAGUGAAUGCUGCUCCAGAGCUAUGCUGAUUUUAAAAGGCCUUUGGGGUUGAUAUAAAACUUUUCAUUAGACUUUGAAUGUUUUCUGGCCAGUAUUUCUAACUUUCUAUGCCUCUUCAUGUGUUUGGUUUUUUUUUUUUUUGGUUUGGUUUGGUUUUUUUUUACUCUGAUCUAGCUGUUAAAACACCUGUGUAUUUAUGUUUAAGGUGGGAAACCUCAAAGAUCCCAGAUGCAUACUUAAGCAAAUGCAUGCUUACAUAAAUGUAGGAACCCUCACAGGAAGUGGCCAAAGACACUCAUCAUUUGAUUAGGGUACAGUGUGUGGGAAAGGACACUUUAAAAUAAGCCUUACUGGAGUUGGCAGACCUGGCAUUUAUCAGACUACUGCAACAAUUUUAUAGUGGGCUAUUCUUUUGGAGAUGCAGAAAUAAUGCACUGCUUUGUUUUGGUUUGGUUUUUUUUAUUGACCACUGACCAAUCUGUGCUUAAAUUAACAUUAGGGCAUAUUAGCUUGUAGGAUUUUCUUUUUUAAAAAAAAAAAAAAGUUUAGAUUUGAAUCUCAGGUUUGGAAUGUUUCAAGUCUAAUUGUAGUCAAUGCAGUUAUCAAUGCAAUUUUACAUUCUUAGUAAAUAUAAUUGGCACAGGAAGCUGUUUUUUAUUGUAAACAUUUUAAACAUUUUGUGGUGUUAAAUUUUUUAAUUUGAGAGAGUUCAUAAUUCCUAACAAAUAAGAUUUUAUUUCAUCUUUAAAAUGUCAACAGCAUGUAAAUAAAAUAUGCUUUUUGGAUGUAAAUCUUAGAAACCCACAGUGAAUGUAGGUUAUUAAUAAUUAAUUUAUGUUCAAUAUUGUGUACAUACAGUAAAACUGCUCGCUUUUUUGCUCAAAAGCCAUAGGAAUGUAACUGAAAUUACUUAGAUUUGAAUGAACCUUGUAAUAAAGUACAAUGUACUAAAAAGUAAAGUGUUCAUAUUCCAGAAAAUCUAUUGAUUUGUUACUGAAACCUUGAAUCACUUUUUCUCAAUUGGUGAUUUAAGAGCUCAAUGUUAGGGUUUAGUAGGUGGUAAAAGUUAGGUUGGAUGAUAGUAAAUUGACUUGUUUAUUAAAUAGCAGUGUGGAAAUGGUGGAAUACCUCGAACGUGCAUUUUUCAAAUUUUUUAUUUCAGUUAUUUCAUGCCGGAAAUUAGGAGAGCAUUAAGUGCAUUUAGAGGUUACCAUUGUCCAGGAUCGACACCAUUCUAAACUAAAUAUUCUUUUAAGGGUUGGGUUUUUCAAGGGACUAAGGAAGUGUGUGCCUGACCUUGAAAAUCAUGGUUCUAAUUCAGCCUUGGUACCAACCAUUUUUUCCUAUAAAUAUAUUAAUUUAAGCUAGGGGGGUUUUUAUCUUGUCCAAUUGCUCUACAUCUAUGGUUCGUUAGAUCCAACACUUUGUCUCUCUUUUCUACCCUCUUCUGUGACUUCAAAAAAUAAAAUAAAAUUUCACAAUUACCACUA